AUGUCACUGCCGCUACGACACGCUUUGGAGAACGUCACUUCCGUUGAUAGAAUUUUGGAGGACUUAUUAGUACGUUUCAUUAUAAAUUGUCCGAAUGAAGAUCUGUCAAGUGUCGAAAGAGAACUGUUCCAUUUUGAAGAAGCCUCAUGGUUUUACACGGAUUUCAUUAAGUUGAUGAACCCGACUCUACCCUCCUUGAAGAUCAAAUCGUUUGCUCAAUUGAUCAUCAAAUUAUGUCCUCUAAUUUGGAAAUGGGAUAUAAAGGUUGAUGAAGCGCUUCAACAAUUCUCCAAGUACAAAAAGAGUAUACCGGUGAGAGGUGCGGCCAUAUUUAACGAAAACUUGAGUAAAAUUCUGUUGGUGCAAGGUACCGAAUCAGAUUCAUGGUCAUUUCCAAGGGGUAAGAUAUCUAAAGAUGAAAACGACAUAGACUGUUGUAUCAGAGAAGUUAAAGAAGAGAUAGGUUUUGAUCUAACGGACUAUAUCGAUGAGAACCAAUUCAUUGAAAGAAAUAUUCAAGGUAAAAAUUACAAGAUUUUUUUAAUAUCAGGAGUUUCAGAAAUCUUCAAUUUCAAACCUCAAGUGAGAAACGAAAUUGAUAAGAUAGAAUGGUUCGAUUUCAAAAAAAUUUCCAAGACGAUUUACAAAUCCAAUAUUAAGUACUAUCUUAUUAAUUCCAUGAUGAGACCUUUAUCCAUGUGGCUAAGACAUCAAAGGCAAAUAAAGAAUGAAGAUCAGUUGAAGUCCUAUGCAGAAGAACAAUUGAAAUUGUUACUAGGUAUCACGAAAGAAGAACAAAUUGAUCCUGGUAGAGAGUUAUUAAACAUGUUGCAUACUGCAGUACAAGCAAACGGCACUAGUAGUAAUACAACCUCGGAUGGACAAGUAUCCUCCUACCAAGAACAUCAGCAGCCAAAGGAACAAGAACAACAAGAGAAACAGCAACUACCAUUACCCUCUCAACAACAAUCUCCAAUAUUUCCCUCUCUCUCAGAACCGUUUGCUGGCAACAAGAAUGUCAUACCACCUGCAAUGCCAAUGGUUAAUGCAUUCAUGUCAAAUCCCCAGCUAUUUGCAACAAUGAAUGGUCAACCAUUUGCGCCUUUCCCAUUUAUGUUACCGCUGAAUAGUAGCAACGGUGGCGCUAACACUCUUCCAACGCAAGUACUUCCCAAUUUCAAUGCUCCUCCCAAUCCAAUGGCUUUUGGUGUCCCAAACAUGCACAAUCUUCCAAGACCAACUCCAUCUCAACCUUUUUCAUUACCUCCCGCUCCUUUACCCGCCGAUUCAGGUUACAACGGUUCCUCUCCAGGACAAUUGUUGGAUUUAUUGAAUUCUAAAAAGUCCGAGGGCAGUCUACAAGCUGCUAAAAAACCAAAGUUAAAAAUUUUACAAAGGGGAACAGACUUGAAUUCAAUUAGGCCAGGAAUUCCCGAUGAAUCGGCCCACUCAAGUUCUCAAGCGCUGUUAAAUUUACUGAGAAAACCAACUUCUUCCCAGAUAGCGCAUUCUUCCACAGUAGAAAGUUCAUCAUUAUCAAAUGAUUCUACGUCUGAUACUCAACAAGGGGGAUAUGAAGAUUUUGAAAGUAGUUCAGAUGAAGAGAUAGAGCCAAGUGAAGACAGGAUAAAUUCCUCAAAUGUAGAUAAGCAAGUCAACAUCAUGGCAUCUGGAAAAACCGGUCAAAGAAACGAAAGGAAGGAGCUAAAAAAGGACAGAAAGAAAUUCAUUUCAGAUAACUCUACGGAAUCUGAUAUCAUAGAACGGAUACCUAGUAAAUCUUCAUUUUCAUCUCAAAAUAAAGAAAAUUCAUCAAUAGAAAUAUCCAAUUCUCAUCAGGAAACGCACAUUACCGAUAGCAGUGUAUAUGAAGCUUUCGAAAGUAGCUCUGACGAAGAAGAUGGAAAAAAAUUGGAAGAAUUGGAACAAAAUCAGGACAACUCCAGAUCAGUAAGCCAAGAGAUUUUGAAAGAAAAUAAUUUCCAAGAUGGCGAAGUUCCCCAUAGAGAUAUGAUCACUGACAGUAACAAGUCUUUAAAUGAAAUCGCUGGAUCUUCGUCCGCUCCAAAUACUAUAAAAAAAAAGCCUAAAGUCAAAAUACUAAAGCGUGGUGAAACCUUUGCCACUUUAGCAAAUGAUAACAAAAGUAUCGGUUCAAGCAACAACAUAUCUUCAUCAAAAGAUUUAUUACAAAUGUUAAGAAACCCAAUUUCUUCCACUGUAUCUUCGAAUCAUCAAUCACCAAGAUGUCAACAUUUGAGCAGAGAUGAAGAAAUCAUGAUGAUGUUAAAAAGAAAUUCUGUGUCUGAAUCUCAAAAUAACGGAGAAUCUACAUCAAAGUCUUUAAAUAAAAAUAGUACUAAUGCAAGCGAGUUACUCGGAAUGCUGAAACGUAAUGACAUUGCAUCACUAAAGCAACCUGGUAAUAUUGACGUGAACGUGGAAGAAAACCCCGCAAAAGAUUUGCUGAGUAUUUUGAAAAACAAUGACUCCACAAGGCAACCUCACGCUGCGAAUAUGCAAUCAAAUGAAUCAUUCGAUUUGUUGAAACAUGAAGAUGUUACAGAGAAUGAAGAAUCCGGUAAUAAUUUAUCAGAGUUAUCGAGUUUUGCAAAACCGAAUGCACUCAAUAACGGCUACCUUAUGCCUUCGAUUGAGGAUAAUUCUCAUGAAUUAUUGAAUAUAUUGCAUGGUAAUAAAUGUAAGAAUACCUUCAAUAAUACUUUUUAUGCGACGCCCAGAGAAUCAUCUACGGCUACCGUGAGCGGAUACCCCCUAAUGCCCGAUGGUAAUGGAAGUUCCCCAAAUAAACUGUUGGGUAUGCUACAACACAGGCCAAUAGCUAUGAAUGGGCCAAAUUCUGAUGAUCGUUCGAAUGGAACUUCGGAGUCUAAUGAAUUAUUGAAUAUUUUGCAUAGGAAAUGA